AUGGCUACUGCUCUUAUUAUCGAACAAUUAAAAGAAACAUUCAAAUCGGGUGAUCGUGAUAGUGUUCAAACACUUAUUCUUCAACAAUUUCAAUUGUCUAAAUAUCCUUUCAUUUAUUUACUUGAUUUAAUUGAUCAAACGCAUGAAUAUUCAUCUUAUAAUGGAACAUUAUCCAAUUUUAUUUUACAUACAUUUAGUCGUUGGCAAGAUGAAUUUUAUAAAGUUUAUCAAACAUUAUUUGAUUCUCAUACACAAAAUCGAAUUUUUUUUUUAUUAGUACAAGCUCCUGUCACAUCAUUGGAUAUAAUUAUUAAAAUAUUUCAUAUUGAAAAUGAUUACAUUGUUCAUUGUAUUAAAAGUCAACUAUUAUGUCAAGAUAUAAAAUAUAACAAUCAUAAUAUAAAAAAUGCUGUUAAAAUCAUUUCUCAUUUAAAAAUUCAAAAUUAUUUUACAGUUAGAGAAAUAAUAUUACCAUUAAUUAUUAAUAAUCGAGAUCAUUUAAUUGAACUUUAUUUAUCAGAAGAUAAAGAACAACAAAAAUUAUUUUUUCAAACACUCGAUCAUUUAUGUUAUCACAAGGGAAAUAUGAAAGAUAUUCUAAUGAAUGAUUAUCAUAUACCAUCGAAUAUUGUUGCUCUGUUAAAUAAACGUCAAAUAGUUAAAUUAGCUGUUCGGUAUCUAAAUAUUUAUGCAAUUGACAAUGUUGAUCAAUAUCCAAAUUUAUCUAUAUUACAACGAAAACGAACAUUAGGCUAUUUAAUUAAUGUUAAAUAUAGUCAAGAUAAAACGAUGAGUGAAGAUUGUUGGAAUGAACUCGUACAAGAAAUUGUUGAAAAUAAUAUUGCAUUAUCAGAUUGUUUAAUCGAAAUGUUAUGUGAUCGUGAUGAUUUAAAUGCUGUAAAAUAUUGGAUGAUUAAAUUGGAACGAUCACAACAGUCUCUAUCACAUUGGGUUCAAAAAUAUCUUUAUACAAAACCACAAAAUACAGUAGAACAAACGUCAUCAAAUUCUACUUUAACUAUCGAUUAUUAUAAAUUAUCAAUACCAAUAAAUAAAAUAUAUUUUGUUGAUAAUACAGAAAAUUAUAAUCGUUUAUUAGAUAAACUUUGGUCAUCAAAUGAUCUUAUUAUUGGUUUUGAUUGUGAAUGGAAACCUAUGUUUAAUAAUAGUCGAACAUCAAAACAACGAAUAUCUAUUAUGCAAUUAGCAUUUCAAGAUGAAAUUUAUCUAUUAGAUUUAUUGAAUUAUUUUCAUACAUGUAACGAAACACAAUUAAUGGAAAAAUUAGCAAAUCGAUUAUUUGAUGAUGAAAAUGUUACACUCGUAUGUUAUAGUUUUCAAUCGGAUGCUCGUAUGUUAAUCGCAUCCUAUCCAAUUUUUGAAAAGGCAUUAGUAUCAAGCAGUACAUUAUUGGAUAUGAGUAUUGUUCAAAAUGAUCUUUUAAGAGAAAAUUCAUCGAUAUUUCCAUAUUUAUCUAAUAAUAAUAAUAAUAAUAGUAAUAAUACAAAAGAAAAAGGUUUAAGUGAAUUAAUUAAAUUAAUAUUUGGUCAACCGGUAUACAAAGGAGAACAAUGUUCAAAUUGGGAACAACGACCAUUAAGAUUGGCACAAAUAUUGUAUGCAAGUAUUGAUGCUGCUUGUUUACUUGACGCCUAUAAUUUUUUUGUUAAACAAUCGCUAUCGCCAGAUUUUUUACGUUCAUAUCGUGGUCGAAAACCAAAGCGACUACAAGCAAAUAUUACUCGACAAAUCGAUGAAAACUACACUAAUAAUCAAAUAUUACAGACAGAACCGAGACAGGAAAAUUUAUCUAUUAAUCAAAACGAUACUGUAUCCUCUUUACGACCGAGUCAAGUCAAAUUUGUUGCGGAUAAUAUGCUACAUGGACUUGGAAGAGAAUUACGAGUGUGUGGUUGCGAUUGUAUUAUAUUGGACGAUGAUGCUGCCCACACCGAUGCUAUAAAAUAUGCAAAAGCCGAUAAUCGAAUUAUACUCUCACGUGGUGGUCCAUACAAUUUACUUCGCUCAAAUACUGUCGAAGGUCGUUGCUAUUGUCCACCUGAUUUAUCAGCAAAAAAACAGUGUGAAAACGUUAUAAACCAUUUUAAUAUUAAAGUAUUACCCGAGGACAUUUUUAGUCGAUGUACUAUUUGUAAUGGUGAUGAAUUUGAUAUUGUUGAUGGAAAAGAAAUACGAGCGCUUUUCUAUAAACAUUAUAAUUAUAAACCAGAAGAUACAGAUGAACCUGAGUUAUUAAAUUAUUCUAGUCAAAUUAUUGAUAUGAAUCAAAUGAAACUAAUAAAAACUGGUGUAACAUUGAUACUAACUGGUUUAACAUCAAGAAAUCUUCCUUCUUAUUCGGAAUAUUAUAUAUGUAUUAAAUGUGGUAGGGUAUAUUGGCAGGGAACCCAUUGGCGACGCCGACGACUUAAACACAUAGAAAUAUUACAUGAUAAUGAGGAUGAUGAUAUGAUUCAGUUUGUGGAUGAUAGCAAAGAAGAAUACUUUGAUGCAAUGGAAAAUACUCAAACAUAG